UCAGGUCAGUUCAUGUUGCCGCGGCGGUGAGUCAACCGCCCCACGUGCGAGUCACGCCGCCACCAGCGUUUCACCUGCCUCGAAGCCUUUAGCGCUGACUUCGAGGCCAGCCUUCUACUGCAGUCAUUGCCGAUCGCCUGUGAAUGCGGAGCACGCCCAUGUCGACUCACCUUCCUCGGACCUCACCAACUGCAUUGGCCCGGAAAGGACGGCAAAGUGAGGCAUAGUGAUGAACGGAGACGUUUCACCUCCGCCGCUCAAACGAAGGCGGAUCGAGGGUUCAGUAGUGGAAAGGACGUCUACCGGCAUCGAUGAAGACGAGAUCUCAAUCUACAGCUGGAACGUCAAUGGCAUCGCCCCCUUCGUCCAACGCACCAUCACCUCCUUCUUUCAAGCCGGCGCCGUUGCGACCGAACAAUCGAGCAAGGCCACCAAAGCCUCACUACGAGACUUCCUCCGCCGACAUAAAUGGCCCACUCUGCUCUUCCUUCAAGAAGUGAAGAUCAACCCCGACGACGCGACCACUAUUCGUGCGGUCCAACAAGCCGUCAAACGCCAGUCGAAUGAACUGCUCGAUUCUCCCGACUACGAAGCGCACUUCUGCCUACCCAGCGACAAAUACAAUGCCCGCGGCUUUGGCAGAAAGAUCUACGGCGUCUGUAGCAUUGUUCGCAAAGACUUUGCCGAGCAGUUCGUCGAGCGCAUCCGUUCUGUGAGCUGGGAUCUCGAAGGUCGCGUUCUUGUUGUUGAGACCAAGGCGAGGGGAGGGGUGCCGAAGUUGGCCAUCAUUAACAUCUACGCCGUCAAUGGCACCGAUCACCCCUACAAAGAUCCCGUCACGGGUGAGGCGGUCGGGUCGCGACAUGAUCGCAAAUUGCAGGUCCACGCUUUGCUGCAAAAGGAGUGCCGGGAGCUCGAGGCCGCGGGUGCGUGUGUGAUUCUUGCGGGAGAUCUCAACAUUGCGCGGGCCCCGAUCGAUGGCUUUCCAAAUCUACGCACGUUUCCCAAACAGCAUUGUCUGAACCGAGCGGAUUUUGAAGCCAGAUUCUUGUCCCCGAAGAAGGAACUGCUGAGUGUCAAGAAGGCCACCGCGAAAGAAGCAGGCCAGAAGGACGAUGCCGCCAGUCUUGAGAUGCUCGAUACCUUCCGUCAUCUCCAUCCCGAUCAGAAGUCCUACACAUACUAUCCCCGAACGCGGACUUUCGGUGAGAGUUGCGACCGCGUGGACCUAAUUCUGAUCUCCAAGAAGCUGGGUGCCAGUCUUGUGCGAGCCGGAAUGCUUGAGACGAUAUCCGAGCGAGGUCCCAGUGAUCAUGUGCCGUUGUAUGCGUGCUUGGACUUUAGAGAUCGAGAGGUCGGUUCGGAAUAGAGAAUCUGCCAUCAAAGGCCUUCCAAUGCUGC